AUGGAAAAUCCGAAAGUUUAUCAUGAAAUUGUUCCGAGAAAUGAGGAUAGAAUUAGAGAAGCUUUGGAACUAUUGGUUAAGCAUGCGGGAUUUGAAGAAUAUGAGGAAAAUGUGAUCAAGCGACUUCGUGAAUUUGCCCUUGAUCGAAUAUCUUUAAUGUGCCGACAAUUCGCAAUUGCCGAACAGCGUAAACUGGACAAUCUAAGACUUCCAUAUUCGUCGCCUCUAAUAUGGACGCUUACCUUGAAUGACUUAAGUGAUGUGACAAAAUUAAAGAGCUGGUACGAUACAACGUACACGCAGCGGUUUACCGUGGCGAAAUUGAAAUGGAAUGAGCUCAAGAGUAAUAUUUAA